ACGUACGUUGUGUACAUGGGUGAUCUUCCCAAGUCUGAUUUCUCUGUGGAAUCACUCCAUAACACCAUGCUACAACAAGUCGUUGGCAGCCGAGCAUCGAAAUCGUUACUCCGGAGCUACAAGCGGACCUUUAACGGCUUCGUCGCCAAGCUAACACAAGACGAAAAAAACCAAAUUGCUGGUAUGGAGGGAGUGGUGUCUGUGUUCCCAAGCCAAACCAAGAAACUGCAUACAACAAGGUCAUGGGAUUUCAUGGGCUUCCCUCAGGAUGUCAAAAGAGCUACCCUUGAAAGCGACGUCAUCGUCGGCAUGCUAGACACCGGAGUCUGGCCGGGAUCCGACAGUUUCAAGGACGAUGGAUUUGGUCCUCCACCAGCCAAAUGGAAAGGCUCAUGCGAUUCCACCAAUUUCACCUGCAACAACAAGCUCAUCGGAGCAAAAUACUACUUGACGGAUGGGAAAGAAGAAGGAGAGGACGAGCCAUCAGCAAGGGACACCGAGGGUCACGGGACUCAUACUGCUUCCACCGUUGCCGGACGUGCAGUUAACAACGCGAGCAUGUUAGGUCUAGCUAACGGGACGGCUCGAGGCGGCGUUCCAUCGGCGCGAAUAGCCGUGUACAAGAUCUGUUGGGAAGGCGGUUGUUCAGAUGCCGAUAUUUUGGCGGCUUUCGACGAUGCAAUUGCUGAUGGAGUCGAUAUCAUUUCUCUUUCAGUUGGAGGUUCUUUCCCUCUAAACUAUUUCGAGGAUACUAUCGCCAUUGGAGCUUUUCAUUCCAUGAAGAACGGGAUUCUGACUUCAAAUUCCGCCGGAAACGACGGACCUAGUCCUGGAUCGAUCACUAAUUUUUCACCAUGGUCGUUAUCGGUUGCCGCGAGCAGCAUUGAUCGGAAGUUUUUAACUCAGAUUGUGUUGGGUAACAAUAUGACAUACGAGGGGCCGACAAUAAACACAUUCGAGGGUGCAGUUCACCCGAUCGUUUACGGCGGAUCAGUGCCUAAUACCAAAAAAGGAUUUACACCAGAUGAAUCUAGAUACUGCGAAGAAGAUUCGUUGGAUCCGACUUCGGUUCAAAAUAAAAUUGUGGUUUGUGAAGAUUUUGAAGGACCGACGUAUGCUUUGGAAUCUGGUGCAAGUGGAGUGGUGGUGGAAGGUGAUUUUGGGUACCAAGAUUUGGCCUUUGCUUACUCUCUUCCAACAACAUAUUUAAGCUCCAAAGAUGGCAGUGCCGUUCUUGGAUACAUAAACUCCACCACAACACCAAGUGCAACCAUUCUAAAGAGUUAUGAACCUGUAGACAAAGCAGCUCCAACUGUGGUUUCCUUCUCAUCAAGGGGUCCCAACCCAAUCACACUAGACCUUCUCAAGCCCGAUUUAACUGCACCUGGAGUUGACAUUCUGGCCGCUUGGUCGAUGGGUACAACUGCCACCGGAGAGCAAGGGGAUACCCGUGUUGUCCCAUACAAUAUUAUCUCCGGCACUUCCAUGUCUUGCCCUCACGCUGCUGGUGCUGCCGCUUACGUUAAAUCGUUCCACCCCACGUGGUCUCCUGCUGCGAUCAAGUCUGCCCUCAUGACUACAGCUGCACCAAUGAGUCCAACCAAAAACCUCGACGCCGAAUUUGCUUACGGUUCUGGCCAUAUUGACCCAUUGAAGGCCGUGGACCCAGGUUUGGUAUAUGACGCCGGAGAAUCAGAUUUCGUGUCGUUUUUAUGUGGGCAAGGUUACAACACCACAACUUUGAAAAUUGUGACCGGUGAUGCAAGUACUUGCUCAGCCGCUAAUAACGCGACCGUUUGGGACUUAAACUAUCCUUCUUUCGCACUCUCGGCUCCACAACCAGGCAACAUCGUGCGAACCUUUAACAGGACGGUGACUAACGUGGGUGCACCCGAUUCUACGUACCAGGCCAAUGUGGUUGCACCAUCAGGGCUUGUGGUGAAGGUUAGCCCGAGCAGUCUUGCGUUCAAAACAGUAGGGGAGAAGCAAUCUUUUGUAGUGACGGUUGAUGCUACAGUCGGGUCUUCUAAGGCGCUUUCGGCGUCAUUGGUUUGGAGUGAUGGAGUUCACAAGGUUACGAGUCCGAUUGUUGCAUUUGUUUCCUAA